AGGAUCUGGCCACGCCAACCUCUUCUACAGUGUAGGGAAGCUAAGGGAGCAGGAAGAUCCAGAGCUCGGGAAUGCUGGGCAAUCCUCUUUCCUUCUUCACCCCCCUUUCCUAAGGGCAGAUAUUACAUCUUCUUUCCCUAGAACCCCAACCCCACCCCCAGCUAUUCUAGUACUCCUUCCUCCAGGGUGUUUUCCUCCUUUUUUGUUUAUUCUUCUCUUCUCCUUUUUCUAGGUCUGAUCCUUGGCUAUCUCCCGACAUUUCUUCUUCCACGAGUUGCAUUCUUCUUUCGUGGUAGCUCUCUUCCUAUCUCUCUCGGUCAGUCUCACUUUCGCUCUCCGCAUCUUUCCCUCACGCUUCUCAUUUCCAUUCCACAAAACGGAUUAAUUCCACACCUACUGUGCGCCAGUUGUAGUCCCGGACAGGGCGAUGCCUUUAGCUCCAUCUCUCUCCGAGUCCCUGUCUUCUUCCUUCCUUGUCACUCCAUCUCUGGCUCUCUCUAAAUCUCUGCUCGUCCCUCCUUCCCUCCUCUGUUCUCCACCUCCCCCCACCCCACCCCCACCCCAAUCCUCUGGCCUGGAGCCCUGGAGACAUAGCAAGUUAUUUGCCAGUUAUUUCCUAGCCUGUCUCUCUUGGCUGUCUGGACUGCUGGUUUCCUCUCCCAGUUUGGGAGGAGCGGCCGGGACUAGGGGUACGAGAGCCGGUGACUGGGAAGGGGGAAAGGGGCCGCCGUGGGGUGAGUUUGAGGGUCGAGGGAAGCCAGCACCCCGAGGAGGCAGCGGAGAGAAGCAGCCUGUUUCAGAGGGAGAGAGGGGUGAGUCAGGGCAGAGGGUGGCUGUGGGAUCGCAGGGGAUUAUAAAGGAGGGGGCCGGAGGUAUCUAGGGAUGGGGAGGGACUAUGAGCAAAAUCGGGUUGGGGCACGGAGAGAAACAGUCUGGAAGAGAAGAGGAAAUAUGGCCCAGAGGGGAGUUUCAGUGGGAAGAGAGGGACUACAUUCUGCUUUCCCCUCCUUUCUCUUUUGGCUAGGCUCCAGGAUUUCCUAGGUCCUGCAGAAACAUCCCACCCCCUAGUCCCAGGACAGCCCUCUACUCUCUCAGUUGUAGCCUGAAAGGCAGAGAGGGGCCAGGAUUGGGAGAGAAGAGAGGCAGGAUCCUAGAUCAGAGGUUCUGACUCCCAGCCUGCACCUAUUCCCCCUCCCCGUAGGCUGUGGGACUCAGCCAGCCCCUUCUCUAGGAGGGACCCAGCCGUCCUGGCGCCCAGCCCCAGUGCCAUGAGGCCACUCCUGUCCCUCCUGCUGCUGGCCCUGGUGGCUGGCUCGCCCCCAUUGGAAGACAACAAGAUCCCCAGCCUGUGCUCCGGGCAUCCUGGCGUCCCGGGAACCCCUGGGCAUCAUGGCAACCAAGGCUUGCCUGGCCGCGAUGGGCGAGAUGGGCGAGACGGGGCGCCUGGGACUCCGGGAGAGAAGGGUGUUGGCGGGCACCCUGGGCUGCCUGGGCCUCGGGGAGACCCAGGACCACCAGGAGAGUCAGGGCCAAUGGGAGCAGCAGGGCCAGCUGGUGAGUGUGCAGUGCCUCCUCGGUCAGCCUUCAGUGCCAAACGCUCAGAAAGCCGGGUACCUCCACCUGCUGACACACCCUUGCCAUUCGACCGGGUACUGGUGAACGAGCAGGGGCAUUAUGAUCCUGCCACGGGCAAAUUUACCUGCCAAGUGCCUGGCCUAUACUACUUUGCCGUCCAUGCCACCGUCUACCGUGCUAGUCUGCAGUUUGACCUUGUGAAGAAUGGAGAGUCAGUGGCUUCUUUCUUCCAGUUCUUUGGAGGGUGGCCAAAGCCAGCCUCACUCUCUGGGGGAGCUCUAGUAAGGCUGGAGCCUGAGGACCAAGUCUGGGUACAAGUGGGCGUGGGUGACUACAUUGGCAUCUAUGCCAGUGUCAAGACAGACAGUACCUUCUCUGGCUUCCUAGUUUAUUCUGACUGGCAUAGUUCCCCUGUCUUUGCCUGAUUUUUCCCCCUCUCCAGGAAGGUCACUCACUUCUUCCUUCCUGGGAUGCUAUACCCUCUUUUCUAAGAAGGGUGUCACUGCCCCCAGCUGCAUCUGCUCUGAGGAGGGCUGGCUCCCCCUGGUGUGGGUGAGUAGGGAGCUGGGGAAACAAGAUCUCAGUCUUUCUGUUGAUAGGUAUGGGAGGGCAUUAUGACAGGAAAGACAGUGAGGAAUUGGCCAGAUUUCUCCCCAAAAGAAAGGGAUAUGAACUGUUCCUGGCAAUCAGGUCUUAUGGGCACUGGUAUUUUGGUUCCCUGGUCCUCAGGGCUCCCAGCUCCAUUGGUAGUAGUGGGGAGACCCUCACCAUUUCCCCUCUAGGUGCCUUCCCUUUGUAUUUCCUAACCCCAGGACCAGGGUCCUAUGCUUAGACAUCACUCAAUAAAUUACAAAAUCCUCCUA